CGCAGCGCGAUUUUACUAACAUACAAGGAGUCUGUAACACCCCAACAUUGCCAAUACAUUCAACAGCAAAGUGCAUUUCCACCGCCACAGUGCCUUCGGCCACUGUACGCUCGCUGCAUCCACGACGGCAACGAAUGAACAGUGCUUGUUGCGCAGGGUGUUCGAAGCGAUUCAAUGCAUUUCGCUGGAGCCACUCUUGCAAACUGUGCUUUGAACGCGUGUGCUCCAAGUGCUCCACGAAAACAUCACCGCCAGUGGUGCACGACAUGAAGCGUACCAAGGCCAAGCGGAUCUGUCUGGCAUGCAUUACAGAUGCCACCGCCACGCACCUCCAAGGACGAGUUCCAGCCUCGACCCUGAACCCCACCGCGGCACUGCUGCUCACGUUCCCCCGGGCCUGCCCCCCUCCGUCGCAUGUCGAUUUGACCGCGCUAGCCCCUCGCUUCCAGCAUGACGCGACAUUUUUCCUCCUCCUCGAGCAAGCAAUCUUAGCCAUCGAUGGCGCCGCUAGGGGGCUCAUUCAGCUGAUCGGCGUUCGUGACAUGGCUGUCGUGGCUUCGUAUAACCUCGAUGACCCACCCAUGUUGAGUCGAAUCGACGCAGGCCUCGUGACACUGCAGUCGUCACCAUCGAUCGUUCGAGAAGCCUACCACGACCACAUAUCGUUCGUCCGCGUGCCGCUCAUGCUUGCGGCGGCGUGCAUUGGCACACUGGAAGUGGAGUGCCCCAAUGGAUACCUUCUGUCGAUGGAAACCCUCGAGGAACUCGACGAGAUUGCGUCCACGGCCGCCAUGGUCAUGCAAAACACGGCCAUCGAGUCGUCUGCCCAUCCAACGCCGCCUGGACCGUCGUCUGGAGUCAACCAUCGGCACAAACCCCGCGGCAACUCGACAUCCACCGCCAGCACCAGUAGCACCAGCAUAUACAGCUACCACACCAUGGCCAACAAUGAUGAUUCGCAUUCGAGUGCGAGCGAUUCCGCCGAAGAAAGGAUGAUGGAGGCACUGCUGACCAUGUCCAAGCACACGGCUCACUUGAUUCGAGGCACCAAUGAGGAGUGCCGAUACCUGUUGAAGUAGCACAACACUGUUAUUUAUUACCGCUCAAUAUAUC